UCCUUUUUCUCCUCCAUCAUUCCUCCUUUUUCUUUCUCUUUCUCUCUCUCUCUGUCUGCAAGUAAGAGAGAUGAUCUUUAAAGGAUCAAUAACAAGGCGGUUAUGCCAUUAAUGGGAUUUUCAAGGGUGAUUGGAAGGGGAGUUGUUGAAGAAGAAGAAGAAGAAGAAGAAGAAGAGCAAUUGGCUGAAGCAAAGCUUUUACACAGCUCUUUCAUGGCUACUAAUAAAGUCAUCAACCACUCUACUCGACUUGAACAUCAGCAACAACAACAACAACAAAAUCAACAUCAUCAGCAGCAGCAUCAACAACAGCAUCAGAUACAAGAGCAUCAUCCACAUCAUCAGCAGAUUCCUUAUGGAAUGAUGCAAUCAUCAUCAUCAUCCACAAUCCCUGGGAACUUCAUAAGCAAAGAUGCUGGAGCUUAUGACUUGGGAGAAUUGGAUCAAGCUCUUUUUCUAUAUCUUGAUGGACAAGACCCUUCCACUGUUCAAGACCAAAGACAGAGUGGUGGAAUGAGGCCUCCAACUCUUAACAUUUUCCCUUCUCAGCCUAUGCACGUAGAACCAACAUCAGCAAAGACUAAUACUCCAGGAUUAGUUUCUUCAGCAACUAGUGGUUCAAAGAGACCAUCAGAGCCGUCCAUGGAGUUGGCCAACGCAAGAAAUGCUGCUUCUGCAUCUGGGCCUGAACCAGCUAAAGCUAUCAAGCGCGAAGGCAACCGUAAAGGUCCAACAACUUCAAGUUCAGAGCAGGAAGGUCCCAAGACUCCAGACCCUAAGACAUUGAGGAGACUUGCUCAGAAUAGAGAAGCAGCGAGAAAAAGCAGGCUAAGAAAAAAGGCUUACGUUCAGCAGCUAGAGUCAAGUAGAAUUAGAUUAACCCAACUGGAACAAGAGCUACAACGAGCCAGAGCUCAAGGUAUUUUCUUUGGCGGUGGAGGUCUUCUAGGUGGAGAUCAAGGCCUUCCUGCAGGCAAUAUCAGUGCAGAUGCUGCAGUGUUCGACAUGGAGUAUACCAGAUGGCUGGAGGAGCACCACCGUCUGACAUGUGAGCUUCGAGCAGCAGUGCAGGAACAUCUGCCCGAAAACGAGCUUAGGCUGUUCGUGGACAACUGCCUAGCUCACUAUGAUGUGGUGAUGAAUCUCAAAGGCAUGGUUGCUAAAGUCGAUGUCUUCCAUCUUGUUUCUGGCAUGUGGAAGACUCCGGCUGAACGUUGCUUCAUGUGGAUAGGAGGUUUCCGGCCAUCCGAGCUCAUCAAGAUAAUAUUAAACCAAAUCGAGCCGUUAACGGAGCAGCAAAUCUUAGGGAUAUAUGGAUUACAGCAAUCGACGCAGGAAGCAGAAGAAGCUCUGUCACAAGGGCUUGAAGCUCUAAAUCAGUCUCUAUCAGAUACUAUAGCUUCUGAUUCAUUGAGUUGCCCACCCAAUAUGACCAACUACAUGGGCCAAAUGGCUGUGGCCAUAAACAAGCUAUCUACACUUGAAGGUUUUGUUAGACAGGCAGAUAAUCUGAGGCACCAAACUCUUCACCGACUGCAUCAGAUAUUGACAAUCCGGCAAGCAGCAAAGUGUUUUUUGGCGAUCGCUGAGUAUUUCCAUCGUCUCCGAGCUCUGAGUUCACUGUGGUUGGCUCGUCCACGACAAGAAUAGUAGAAGAAAAAUUAUUAUAGCUUAUUUAGUAUCUAUAAAUGUCUCUCUCUUAAUUAUUAAAAUAUAUGUCUUCUUUUGAUGAAAUUCCUUUUGCUUAUUUUCAAGAGAGAUGUAUAGAUCAUAGACAAGAAGUAGAACUUUCUCUUUUCUGUUUUCUCUGGGUGCAUUUCUUCUUGGGUUAUUAGGAAAUUCAAAGAAGCAAUGAUUUUGCAGCAGUUUUUGACUAGAAAUACAGAAGAAAAAGAAGAAGAAGAGGAAGAAACAGCAGAAGAAGAAGGAGAUGAAGAAGAAGAAGAAGGAGGUGGUUGAAUUGAUAAAGUAAAGACAAAAAGGGUUUGGUAGGAGAAGCCGUGUGUUAAAAUUAAAACGUUUCAUUUGGGAUAGGUGUUGCCCUGUAGCUCCAUGCAUUGCUUCUGAUUAAGUCAUUUCCCUCUGAUCUAACUGACCAGUUUUCAAGCUUUUCACUUUUCCA